GAGUAAUGUAAAUGCUACACCAUGACCCAAGGGGGCUCCCUUGAAGCAAUCCACCAUUUAACUUACCCGUUUCUCGGUAUUAAGACCUAUAAUUGAUUUGAUAUCGUGAUGCGUACGCAAAUCAGAAACCUGAGUAGGGACUCAGGUCAUGGCAUGACCGAUGGCUUGGUGCAAACUUGAGAGGUAAACGUCUAUUUAAACAUGGCUUAUAUCCCCUCUUCAAUCGAAUUAACUUCAUCUACCACGGGAAACUUAAUACUUCAUAUCAAUUCUCAUUUUCUCAAGACACGAUGUUAAAGAAUAUUUUCUUUCUUUCUACUUUCGCCCUUGGGGCAACGGCCCUCAAUGAGACCAUCUCGGGCUACAAGUACUUCUUAUCAGGUCCCAAAGUCGACCAACCGAAAAGCGAAUAUGAGCAUGCCGCGGCGGACCGGGCAUUAGCCUUACUCGAGAAUCGUCUAGGCAGUCAACCCCUUCCUGACCUUCCAGAGGACAAUGUCACCGCAAUUCUGAAGCUUAAGCAAGAUCUCGGUACUGUGAAGCUUGAGGAGCUUCUUUUGCCUGAUAUGGCCGACGCCGACACUUAUUGGCAUAGCGCUAUCAGCAAGUCUGGAAGCGGAUGGGUGUCGGCUGAUGCGAGAGCCGUCGUCUUCUUGCCUGCUGUGACAUUCCAAGGUUUCGCUGCCUGGUAUUCGUCGGACAAGGCUGAUGCCGCAAACCUGGCUGCGAACCCCGAGCACUAUGUGAAGGAGACUGUCAAUACUACCACUGGGCUCUCAUCGAAAAUUCUAGAAGGUUGGGGUGGUGUAACAACUAAUUUCACUAUCCCCAAUUUCGGUGCACCCGACCGAUCGAAGGACCCGUUCCUACGGCCACUACCCGAGUUCCCUGUCCAACAAGCCGGCGACAAGGUCUUGCGUGACGGAACCAGGUUCGGUGUGCUCCAUAUCUCACUCCGCGAGGUUGAUGGCGCGGCCUAUGGGCAAUCAGGCAAGGGUUUCGAGGUAUAUAGCACCGUCUGGUAUCAGGAUGGUGUGCAGGAUGAUCACUUAGAACAAGAGCGUAGACACAUGGUGAUCGAGAUUGUUAACCUAACACUCCAGGCCCAGAAAGAUCUCUCCGGUCAAUAAAUGCAGUAUGGACAGGAAAACGACAAAACGGGGAUAGGGUUGGGAAGCGAUGUAUUCUAAGCGCGGAAACGCCACAUAAUUCGGGUAGUUGUCUCAUAGUGCCAGUGCCUCUAGACAAGCGCCAAGUCUACGGUCGGGGGGGAUUUUACAGCAUCGUGCUGCUAAUAUCCAAUCAUCGCUUUGGACGGACCACGUUCAAAUCCUAGCCGGAUGUCACAUUUAGCGCUGUGUGGACAAGACUUUGGCGGCUACACAGAUGCGGAAACUACACCGAAAGCAAUUUCUCGCGUGAGGAAAUUAUUCUGAAUCAAGGCGGCGGGUGGCGGGCUGAAGUAGUAUCCUUUUCAAACUCGCAUCUUAGCGGAAAUAUUGCCCGCUGCCAGAAGAUGUAUUUCGUAGUGCAAUAAACGAAUAGCGAUUGCUUUACCUCACCU